AAGUCGUACCAAGUCCAAGUCCCACUAGUAGAAACUUGGCUUGGAACUUUGGAACACGUGAAACUUAGAAGAGACAACUCUCCCAGAUGGAACAUAACACGUAAUUUUACCUCUUUCAAGAAGUAUAAUGGUCAAAAAAGUAGUGACGACUACCACCAUCACCAAAGCGAUACCGAGAGAAAAAGAAAUAAGUGCAAACGGUAUAUUUGAGUGCGAAUUCUAAUGAAGAGGGUUCCAAUUGAAAGUGUAAACAGGAAAAGUGUUUUUUAUUAAAUUCAAGUGGGAACCCAAGAGUUCUAAUCAAGCCAAAAAUGGGUAUCAUGGAGAUACGGGAUGAUUGUGAUGGCAUGGGCGAUCGACACAUCCCCAGCACCACAUUGGCCGUAUUGCGAGGCAUUCUAGUCAAAUCGUUGUCCCGGGAAAACCUGAGCCUAUCCGAUCAGCAGCUGCUGGCCGGCCGGAAGUCGGAUCGGCACGUGUCGUUUCACGACGCUGGAAACCGGGAUGCAAACGUACAAAAACAGACAAGGCCAUCUUCAGCCAACAGAGCCAAACCUCGUCCACAUUCUGUGGGUCACACACUGCACUGGUUUGCCUGCGUGGGUGGCGACGAAGAUUUCGAUACUAGUAGUUCCAAGUCUACGGCUGGAAACAGCAACAACGUCAACAGCAAUAAUAAUUACAGUAAUCAAGCGGCGGGGUCCCAGGUGGAUGCCAACGAAGAUUGGACAGCCGUCCGUAACCAUACGGCUCAGUACACGCCGUCCGUCAACAUACGGCAGGACAUUCCCGGCCGUACGACAACCUACGGCUCGGGAAAAUAUCGAGAACUGCGGUUCUUGGGUAGCUCCAACAGUUACCGGAUAACAACACGAGGUCAAGGCAACUUCCGCCAUAACGCUGGAGGCAGGCAGAGGGCCAAACGACAUCACCGAUCGUUGGAGAACUGGGCCAAGUUCACGCGAUCCCACGUGGUACCACGGCAGCGAUCCCCGGGGCAACGAAGUGUCCAGCAGCAGCAGCAGCAGCAGCAGCAGCAGAGAUAA